CACGUCCUUUUUGUCGCGCCAGACACAUCACCAGACACAGCAGCAGACUUUUAUGGCCCCCUACUUUAAAUUGGUAGUAGUUUGUAGCAAGUACUAGACUUCUCCAUCCUUGUAGUAAGUAGACUGCAUCCGCAUCCUUGUUUUUGAGUAGAUGAAAUAGACUUUAGUGUCUUCAUUUUAUAGAGGAAUCUAUGUGUGAGACAGGGGUCGCUUCUUCUUCGCACAGCUUUAAAUUGACUUUUAACAAGUUGUACGGUUUCUUGUUACAAGUAUAUUUGGCUGGGGACUACAGUCUAGCUCUAGCCACUUGUUACUGUCAUCAUUCUCUUUAGGUGAAGACUAUUACAUAGAAGUACAGUUGCAUUAGUAGUAGGAGUUACAAAUACAACUUACAAAAGGCUGUAGGAC